UCUUGACGGUUCUUUUCAUUCCUUCGACGAAAUGACCCUUCUAAGUUGUCAAACUUGCCUGAUUAUGGUUCUCUGUAUCGGCAAUUCAUUAGAAUGCCCUCAGACAAACACGUUCUGCAACGACAUUCGCACUGCGGAGGGAUUCCAGUUCUUACAUCGGUGUCCAAAGGGCAGUGACAUUUCCGUCCUCCAUAAAGGGACCGUGCUUGCUCUUGCUGUCCUUGGCAAUCAGACGACAAGCCAUUCGAAAGGAAUGAUAAUCAUAAGCAACAAUUCAGUUGUUACAGGAGACUGUCGAGACCUGGAACUAAAAUGCAUAGUUCCUAAGGGAGAGGACCUUGUAGAUGAGAGCUGUGUGGAUUAUAAAGUUACUGAAUGCCUUCAGACAAACUGCUCCUGCAACGACAUUCGCACUGCGGAGGGAUUCCAGUUCUUACAUCAGUGUCCAAAAGGCAGUGAGAUUUCCGUGCUCCAUAAAGGGACCGUGCUUGCUCUUGCUGUCCUUGGCAAUCAGACGACAAGCCAUUCGGAAGGAAUGAUAAUCAUAAGCAACAAUUCAGUUGUUACAAGAGACUGUCGAGACCUGGAACUAAAAUGCAAAGUUUCUAAGGGAAAGAAGCAUAUAAGAGAUAUAUGUACAGAUUAUAAAGUUACUGAGAUGCUGAAUCCAGAUUCAACAACAUCACAGAACCUCAUCAUCGCUGUAUCCGUCUGUGUUGGUCUGAUAGUGAGCAUUGGGGUGAUUUGUUGGAAAAAGAAGCAAGUUGCAUCUAUAGUAUCCAGGUUUUUACGAAACCUACGGAUUUCAGAGAGGGAGACGGAAAGGACCGAACCAACUAGGCUGAGUGAAAUAUCUGCCACUGAGCCACGUGGAAGUGGUGACAAUGACAUCGACCAGGUUAACACACUUGAAAGUGUGCAUGUUAACAGUAAUGAUCCUACGGCUGAUGGCAAGGCUGCUCAAUCCUUUGGUCUGGACCACAACUCGAACAAGGUUGAAAAUGGAGACGUAAUUGCCCCUGAUGGUAACUGGGACUCCAAUCAUCCAGCCGAGAACAGGAGCUUGAGGGACGAUCCAGGAGGAAGUCCAGUGAAUGACGACAAUGGAAAAGCCAAAGUUGGCUGUGAAUUCUUCUCCAGGAUCGGAGAAAUGCACAGUGGAGGGACUGAUGUUGAUCCCGGAGCCGAAGAUCAUGGGAAUGAAGAACAACCGCUGCUGCUGAGUCAGCGAGCUGCCAGCCAAGGUUUUGACAUGACAGCUAAAGCCGGAGCUUUGGUGGACAAGCCCGGCUUUGACCCAGACCAGGUCAGCAGGUACUCUACUGUACCAGGGGCUGACGUGGAGUCAACGCCCGACAUGAAGAACUGCAGUAUGAAUAAAUACUGAUUAAAUAAAUAGAUUUAUAUAGAAUAAAUACAUGAUAAUAAUAACAAUAAUUAUAAUAAGUAUCCUUACAACCAGGGUAUGUGGUGCAUUUACUGGCAAGUCCUUUGAGGUCAACCUUUGUUUAAAUAAUAAGUUUUAUCCCAUGACGCUUUGCUCUCUUGAUGAGCAUGCUGUCUUUUUUUCACAUAACAGACGAUAUAUUCUCUACAAGCCCUAUGAGCCGAAGUGUUCUAUGGUCACAAAAUAUUUAAAUCAUCCCAAUGACAUUUUUCUUCAGAAAAAUGAGACAAUCCCAGUGGAAACUGGUGUCAUCUACGCGUCAAUUUCAGUUUAUUCAUUGACACGUGAUCAGUCAAUCAGACGGAUUAGAAUAUUGAACAUGAGUUACAAGAAAAAACAUUGGGGGGGUUUGUUGAGAAUAUAUAAGUACAUGACUUGACCAAAGGAUGGGUGGACCAGUCAGAUAAAGUACCACAUACAUAUAUAUAUAUUCUUAUACUUGUACAGGUAUACUAUGAAUACAUGUUUAUGUAUUUAUGAUAACAUAAAUACAUAUAUAUAUGUUUAGUUCAUUACAAUGUAUGCUUUGAAUGAGACACUGCAUAAUGUAAAUGCAGCAUAUUUUGUUUGCUUUUUCUUUGAAAUUUGUUGAUUUUUAUUUCAUAUUUAUCCAAUCAGUUAUAAGAAAGCCUUCAAUUACUCAUAUUUCCUGCAUAAUCUAGCAACAUAUUUAAUCUUAUCACCUGAAUCACGACAUCCUUUUUUUUCAUAUUUGUGAAUUCAGAGACAUAUAAUC